ACCCGUUCCGCCUCCGUCCGGCAAGCGGACAGCAUAUGAUUUGUUGCCUCCAUUACGCACCGGUGGUACCACAUAUGGAUAUUCACUGCACUUGAUACGACAUUUGCAUCGUUCAAUUUGCAGAUUCCAAUCAAGUGGUUUCCUAGAGCUUAAAAUCGGAACUAUUCCUCGCAUCAAUACCACCUCGGUGUUUCGAUUCUUGUCUACUGGAAGCAGGUCUAGUUCCUUUUACUACUACGUACCUACGGAUACAUGCACAUGCAGGCCGUUGCUUCUCACGCUUCUGCACAAACCAGCAGCUAGCUACCUCCAUAGCUAUACCCCAACUUUACCCAAAGGCGCGACAACGGUAGCGACCUCUUCAAGUCCGGCACUUAUGAACAAGCGUUUCUUGACAAAAAUCUCUGACGUGAUUUGGUUGUUUGCCUAGGCACAGCCUUCUUCUCCAUCCUCUUCUGACUAGGAUAUAUAUUUAAUUGACUACUCCCAGCACUUGGCGAGCUUCAUGGUUAUACUGAUCUCGUUCCCUUUCAAGAAAUUUCAUCACUAGUGUCAUCAUCUACCAAAUCACAAUGGGCCCACCGCUUGACGAUGUUGUGGCCGGCAUGCCCAGCGCGCUUAUACAUGCGCAGAAAAUUCCUCCAGCCAACCUCGUUGCCGAUGAGACUCGAUUCGAAAUUACUAGCUACCCUUCCCUGACCCAGGUGACAAAAACCCCAGCGACUCCCGGACAGGUGGACUUUGUGGUUGUGUUGCAGGUGCAUCAGAGCAGAGCCCACGAUAAGUGGCAGGUUGCCGUAUCGACCUCGGCUCUUCAUUCUUCUGUAUGGACCGACUCUGUUCUAGCGUCAAGUAGUGCAGAGAAUGUACCCAUUUAUUUGCAGGCUUCAGAUGACAAGUCGGUCCGCAAGCUGCAUUUUACUGCGUCUAUAUCGGUCGAGUCUGCCGUACGUUUCACGCUCAAGUUCCGCGAGUCUCCUGACGAUCCAUGGCGAUUCGUCCGGGAUGAGCUCCAGUUGGAGGACGGCAUCAUCGUUCCCGACCACCCUGACAGCCUACCUGAUGACAUUCACGAUGUUAUUGAGGGCCUGAGCCGCCAUGUCACCAUCAGACAGGCGGUGAGCCAAUCUCCAGCCACAUGCUUGUGGCAGUUGGAUGCUCCCAUCGCAGGCGUCGGAAGCAGUGAUGAAUCUGCCUUGUCCGAAGUAGGAUUGGGUCUACCGUGGGGAAGACACUUACUGAGAUGGUUCGCCCUUGCCCGCACCUGGGCUCCGUGGAUCGCACCAUGCCAUGGGAAGGCCAAGUUCGAUCUUGACAGGGAUGCCGUGAUGUGCUCAUUCCUGAACGAUCAAGGCAAGCACUGCGUGCUUCUGGCUGUGACGGGUACCGAUCACGUCCUCACAGGGCUGCGCAGCAAUGAUGCUGGAAAAGUGGUCCUCCGUAUACGUAGCGACAACCUUGCGGAAACCGCUGCAAAGGUCAUUGUAGCCGUCGGAGAGACGUUCGAUAAUGCCAGUGCCGCAUGUGUCUACCAUGCAAGAGGGCUGCUCCAACUAGAUGAGCAACAGAAAAGCAGCCCAGAAGGACCAAAGCAAAUCGAGAACUUGGCCGCAGACGUGCAGCCUGAAUGGAUGGAAAACUGGUUUGAUGGGCUUGGCUAUUGUACCUGGAACGCCCUGGGACAGCGUCUAAGUGAGGAGAAGAUACUCGACGCCCUCAACACCCUUGCUGAGAACGAAAUUAUGAUAACCAACUUGAUCAUCGACGACAACUGGCAAGACAUCUCUCGCACCGGGGACGGUCAAUUCCAGUACGGGUGGAACGGGUUUGAGGCCGAGCCAGAUGCAUUUCCCUACGGACUCAAGGCGACAGUCUCAUCGAUUAGGUCAAAGCACAAGCACAUCCAGCAUGUGGCAGUCUGGCAUGCCUUACUGGGCUACUGGGGUGGUAUUGCCCCUGGAGGACCCAUCGCCAACUCGUACAAGACUGUAGAGGUCGUGCGCGAGGAAGCAAAGCGUCGGGGAUUUCCCCUCGGUGGCCCCAUGACGGUGAUCGCCAAGGAGGACGUCAACCGCUUCUACGACGACUUUUACCGCUUUCUAGCGUCGACAGGUGUCGAUGGCGUCAAGACGGACGCGCAGUUUGUAAUAGACAUGUGGAUUGGAGCAGGCGCACGUCGUGAGCUAUCCGACGCAUACCUAGACGCCUGGACCAUCGCAUCAUUGCGCCACUUCAGCAACAGGGCCAUUUCGUGCAUGUCCAUGACGCCGCACAUCAUGUUUCACUCCCAGCUGCCCCGGAAAAGACCGGCCAUUCCGCUGCGCAAUUCAGACGACUUCACCCCAGCCAUCCCCGCGUCGCACCCGUGGCACGUCUGGACCAACGCCCACAACGGCCUCCUCACACAGUACUUCAACAUCCUGCCGGACUGGGACAUGUUCCAGACCUCGCACGACUACUCGGGCUUCCACGCCGCGGCGAGGUGCGUCAGCGGCGGUCCCAUCUACAUAACCGACGUCCCGGGGGAGCACGACAAGGCUUUAAUCUCCGAGAUGACCGGUGUGACACCCCGAGGCAAGACGGUCAUCUUCAGAACCAGCGCCCACGGCAAGAGCAUCGACCAGUACAUCGGAUACACGGACGACGCUCUCCUCAAGGUCGGCACCUACCACGGCGGCGCCAACUCGGGCACUUCUAUGCUCGGUAUCUUCAACGUCGCCCUGCGCCCGCUCACCGACAUCAUACCCCUGGCCAGAUUCCCCGGCACGAGGCCGCAAAGGACAUAUGUGGUGAGAUCGCACGGCAGCGGACGCGUGUCCCCGCCGAUCGAGCCGGGGACUUCGGCGUCGAUGCUCGCCGUCAGCCUUGGGGUCAGGGGCUACGACAUCCUCUCGGCCUUUCCCCUGUCGUGCUUCACGUCGCGCUCGGGCGUUGACGUGCAGGUUGCCAACCUCGGAUUGCUGGGCAAGAUGUCUGGGGCUGCGGCCGUGGUCUCGAGUGAUAUACAGCAGGCUGAGGGGAGCGGACGUAUACUUGUCCACACCCGAGUAAAGGCCCUCGGGGUGCUAGGUAUCUACGUAUCCCGUCUUCCAGACAUGAGCAUCGCCCGCGACAUGUUCGCUACGAUCCAUGGCUCGGUCAUGCCCGAGGAGACCGUGUUCGUAUCCAGCCAAGAUGAGUGCGUGUUGGCUGUAGACCUUGAGGCUGCAUGGAAAAGCGUGGGACUGAAAGCUGGGUACAGCAAUGAGGUCGAGCUCAAGUUUUAUAUUGGCCUGGGCAAUAUUGACUCUGAGUCUUCUUGAGUUGAAAUCAGCUUGACGUUUUUAGUUCUAAAAAUCUGGCGUCGUAUGAAACUUUUCUCAAUGUGUUAAUCGUAAGCUUCACUCUAAAACCUUUAUUACCUCCCUUCCUUGCCCAUAAGAUCGGUAAAACAUCACCACUUCCCCUCUUCUCUUAAGCUGGGGGCCUCCAUUCGUUGCCAGACCAAUCGGUAUAGAACUCCCACUUCGCCUCGUCCUCACUGUCCAUAUCCGAGUCCCAUUCGUCCUGAUAGUCGUCAUCGUCAACCUCCACGCACCCAUUGUAUGGAUAAACCUCGGGUCCUUCAUACUUCCUCCGUGUCCAGGUAACUGUCCAAGUGUACAUGCGUAACCCACGCCCAAUGAGAGCCCGUUCCUCUACAAGUUUAUACGACUGGCACCAAUCUGCGUCAUUGUGGCACAGCACUCGAUCUGCUCCACAUUCGGUGCAUAUGUUCUCUACAUGACCUUCGGCACCGCGCCAGGAUAGUUUCCGGACGGGGUUGCCCUCGGCGGAAAGAUAAUGGUAGCCUUGGUGGUGCUUCGGGUUCAAGGGGAAGCGCCACGUUUUGAUGACCACCUCCUCGAUCCAGGCCUCAUAGGGGAUGCGCUGGGUCUGGUCGCAGUGGAAAUCCAUGGUGAGGGUACGGAUAUGUGGCAUGUUGACAAACUCUCGCGCCCACGAGCCGACGGGGUAACUGCAGGGCAGACCUUCUGGGGGUGGCGUGAUCCAUUCUGGGCGACUCGGGGCGGACUUGGCCUGUUCUUGAUGGUCUGCUUGUUGCUGCUGAUUCUGUUGUUCUUUGGAUUCCAAAAGUUUCUUCCCCAUCGCAAUGAUAUUGCGGAGCGGGCUAGAGUCAAUAAAAUCCAAAUGAGUUCGCUUGAGCAGUGGACACCAUGUUUUUCCGUAAAAUUCACCUUGUCGUCCUAUGUCCCGACCGUCCCAGGCUUGCCGAUCAUCUGGUGAGAUGCGCAAGUGCUCCAUCCUACUAAACUGAAAGUAUUUGGUGUUGAAGCCACGCAUGUCCCAGUACUGGGGAUAGGAAGUUCUGCGCAGGAAUUUAUAAUAUUCGUGGAGUCCAUGGGCCAUACGGAUCCUCUUGAAUGGGUGCUCCCAGUCCGCUCUUUGUCGGCUCCAGUAUCCCGUGGGGUACGUGUGAUAGAAUCCGUACCCAUUUUCGGUUGAUGAAUCAUAGCCAGACCAGCUCGGAUCCAACCGCCGGGGCAAAUUUGGAGGUAGCACAUAGUACCCUUUGUGCCAGCGCUCUGCUUCGUAGAUGAGCUUAUGUCCCUCGGCAAAUGCACGACGGCAAGUGGCCAGCA